AUGAGCAGCAGCAAUCACGGCGAAGACAAAAACAACGGCGAGACCGAAUCCAAGAACAUUUUGACCAGUGGGGAAUCUGAAAAUAGGCACUUAUCCUCACCAACUGAGAUGUCUAUUCCUUCCAAGCAACAACACCAUGUCUCAUCAAGUGUUUCAGACGGAAAUUCCCCAAAAGCGCUUACAUGUAUAACAGCGGCACGGCCGAAAUCAACACAGACUUCCAGAUUCCUAUCCAGUGCCACCAUUGGGAAUGUGGUUGAUGAUGAUGAUGAUGGUGCUCUUGAUGAGCUAGACAUUAUCAAGAUUGCAGAAGCACGGGCAAAAGGAGAGUCCUUGGGCUUGUCGUCAUCUGAAAUCAACCAUCAAGUGGCUACUGGGACCACCAAUAGUGAACGACCGUCUUCCAGGCCCACCGCAUCAACACUCAGAGGAGGCAGACGGGAUCCUGCCGAGCCACAUCAGAGAAUAGGCACGGCAUUAUCAGCCAACAAUAAUAAUGGUCUGGAAGAGGGAAGCAACAACGUCGAAUUGGCAAAAUUUUUGGAGGGAAGGGAAUUGGCAAAAGUUGUGGAAGCAAGGGAACGAGCUCUGACCCGGCAACAACAACAGCAGCAACACACCGAAACUGAUGGCAAUAGCCAGCAAGGUCAAGUCAUGAUGUCAACAGACAGAGAACAUCAAUACUCAACGUUUGCGCAAGGGAUUGUAAGACCUGCGCCAGCGCAAAAUACAAAUAGCAGACCGAUUCUCAAAUUUUUACGCAAGAGAGCACCUGCCGUCAACCAACAAGAACAGUUGGAAGAAGAAAUCAACACCAAUGGUCUAUGCAACGAGCAUAUGGGUCAGGCUGAAACAAACCAGAAUCCAGUCAUCAAUGAAAGCCAACCAGGCGCCUACUCGGGGGCUCCUGGGCUUCCCCUUCAACGGAAUCAGAAGCCGAGGUUUUCUCUGAUAGGAAUUGUGGGGACAACGCCAUCAUUUUCACCAUCCUCGGAAAUGGAGAUAUCUCAAGAAUCCACAGAGUUUCAAUCUACAAACAUGCCUGGCAGUCAAACUGGUUUGAUGGUGGCCAAUCUUGUUGCUGACCUAAGCCAGGAAAAUCUACAGUUGGCAGAAGAAUUACAAUCAAAUGGGAAUGAUAUUGAAGAGCAAAAGGUUGAGAGGAGUAAGCGUGCCAUGCUGACUGCGUCAAAAUGGCUGCUCUUGGGAGUCGUUCUCGUUGUGGCAGUUGUCCUGGCAGUGGUGCUAGGCACUAGAAAUAAGUCAGCAACCCCAGCAGAGGAGUUUGUAUCAAGUGUACCAACAACAUCUGCGAUGCCCUCCGUCUCCCCAUCAUCAAUGCCAACCGAGACACUACUGUCAGCCAGGUAUGAAAUUAAGGGGCUUUCAGAAAGUACGGCUGAGGCAAUUGGCAGGCCUGGCUCCCCACAACAACAGGCUUAUGCCUGGACAUUUCAACAUCCAGAAUUUGAUGAAAUGCCAAAUUGGCGGAAGCAGCAGUUGUUUGCGCUGGGAACCUUCUACUUUUCGUUUGAAAAUUGGCCAUAUGAUUACCAGUGGAUGGAUUACAGCAAUACAGAAUGUUCAUGGACAACAUACUUGGAUUCGCUUCAGUCUCAACCCGAAGACUCAGAUUACUUUCCAGAAGGGUAUUCGAAUUAUAUAUGUACCAGUUCAACAGUAUCGUCCAUUGGUCGACUAAAUCCUUUUGCCUCCAACUGUGAUGAGGAAGGUCAUUUCAAUUUUCUCAAGAUCAGGUUGUUGGGAGUUCAAGGGUCCAUACCACCAGAAAUUUUUCUCCUCACACACCUCACAAUAUUCGAUUUGCGUGAAGCUGGCAUCACUGGAACUAUCCCUUCAGAGAUCGGCAUGCUUUCCCUAUUGACAAACUUGAACUUACACAGCACUGGGAUCUCAGGUGCGAUCCCAUCAGGCAUUGGACAGACCAACCUGACUGGGCUCUACUUGAAUGACAACGCCGUAUCCGGCUUCUUGCCCUCUGAGCUGGGCUUGUUACCCUUCCUUAAACGCAUGGAUUUGCAGUCUAACAACAUUUCUGGCACAUUGCCAGCUGAUUUGGCAAAUUGUACCAGUCUGGUUAGACUAGAUGCCAGCAACAACUCCCUGGCAAAUUUAUCUUCCGAAAUUGGGCUUCUGACAACAGUGGAAUACUUGAUGCUGCAAGACAAUCAGAUUGAGGGAACAAUUCCGACUGAAAUUGGGUUAUUGACAAGCAUGUAUUACUUGUUGCUUCGAGACAACACAAUCAAAGGAGUGAUUCCCAGUGAAAUUGGGCUCUUAUCCAACUUGGUAUAUCUUAGCCUUGAGCGAAACUCAAUAUCAGGAGCUAUCCCUUCCACUUUUGAUCAGUCUAGUGUAAUACAAAUGGAUUUGCAGGGCAAUCAACUCUCUUAUAUCCCAAGUGAGAUUGGCCUCCUUGGUAACCAGGCUGGACAGCUGGAUCUAAGCAACAACCUCAUACUGACUUUGCCAAGUGAGUUGUUCCUCUUGACAAGCCUUUCUGUGCUUCAGCUCCACGGCAACCGAAUAGAGCAAUUGCCAAAUGAAAUUGACCAGAUGACAAAUCUGGAGCCUUGCUACAACUUCUUUGACGCUUGGCUGUCAUUGUCAAACAACAAGCUUUCUUCAAUACCCCCAGAAAUUGGAAGACUGACAAACUUGCGGACUUUCACUUUUCAACGCAAUCAGAUCUCAUCAUUUCCUGAUGUAAACUGGUCUAGCUUGCCACAUUUGCUGUCCAUCCAGCUCUCUCACAACUUGCUUGAGUCUACAAUUCCAUCAGAACUUGGCCUCCUUGAAGAGCUUGUAAAGCUUGAUCUGUCAAACAAUGCCUUGACUGGGAGCAUACCUCCAGAGUUGGGGGGGAUUGCAGAAAGUGUGGAAAGAUGGAACGACACACUUGGUGUGGCUUAUGAUGACAGAGUUGGGCGAGCUGACGAGUUUGGAAUUGGUGAACGUUUCAUUCAACCAAAUCUCUGGUCCGAUCCCAACGGAACUUGGGCAGAUCUUGACAACAGUUAG